AUGAAUAAAUACAUAAACUCUUAUCCUUGGCAACGGUCAGGGAUUCUAAAAGCGCAUGCGCUGAACCAUAUACAGAAGCGAAAUACUAUUCAGGUUAUUGUGGCAGCAGUGCUAAGUGGCCUUGGUGCAUCUGAUAUUCUUGGAAGCUUGGACCCCAAUAAAUACUUGGGAAAGCUGAUUACGUUUUUAGACCCAGUUCUUCCCACUACAUCCCGCACUGACUUUGUUAGGUGUUGGCAUGCUAAGACUGACGGCUGGGCAGCAUCGACAUUCCACAGAAACUGCGAUGGGAGGGGACCCACAGUGACAAUCAUCAAAGUGUAUGAUUACAUAUUUGGUGGAUAUACUGACGUGUCAUGGAGCGGAGCUGGUUCUUGCGCAGGUCAUUCCUACGCUAGUAAAGCUUUCAUCUUCUCUCUCUAUAACGUCAAAGGAUACAAUCCCGUAAAGUUGACACAAUACCGAAAUCAGCAAUAUGCAAUGUACAGAUGUAAUACGUAUGGACCCACCUUUGGCGCUGGGUGUGGUCAUGAUAUCUACAUAUCCGACGACUCUAGAAACAACGGAAACUCCUCCACCAGAUGCGGUUGCACGUACACGACACCCUCAGGGUACUCAACUGGUGACUGUCAUUUUCUUACAAGGUGGUCUACUUUCUAUCCAACGGACAUCGAAGUAUUCUAUGAAGCAGGCCUCGGUUUGUCCGCCAUACUUCGAAGUCUUGAUUACAACAAGUACUUGAAGGUGCUAUUUUCGUAUUUGGACCCAGUCCUUAUCAAUAAAGAGCGUAGCAGGUUUGUGAGGUGUUGGCACGCAGAGACUGACGGUUGGGCAGCAUCGACAUUCCACAGUAACUGCGAUGGGAGGGGACCCACAGUGACUAUCAUUAAAGUUAACAGUUAUAUCUUUGGUGGAUACACUGACGUGUCCUGGACCAGCAGUCCCUGUGCUUAUUCUUCAGCCAGCAAAGCUUUUGUUUUCUCCCUUGACAACGUCAAAGGAUACAAUCCCGUGAAGCUGACACAAUACCAAAACCAGCAAUACGCAAUGUACAGAUGUUCCCCUGACGGACCCACUUUUGGCUCGAGACAUGAUAUCUAUAUAUCAAAUGCCGCAAAAAACAAUCAAUUAUCUUAUACUAGAUGCGGCGGCACGUACUCCAGCCCCUCGGGCUAUUCAGCUGGAGAUUGUAAAUUUUUCACAGGAGCAUCGAAUUUCACCCCAUCUGACAUUGAAGUUUUCUUCGAAAUAGUAAACUAA